AUGGAGAGGAAUAACACCACACAAACUCUGGGAGAAUGUGAACACACACUGGAAACCAGUGCAGUGCUGGACAACUGCACAGACGCAGGCUCUGGAAACCUGUCUUUACGUUGCUGGUUGCAUUUGUUGACAAAGGAGUCAAGUUCAACACUUCAAGGUGAUGGGUCUAGUUUGGCUGUGCGUGUGAUGAUCGCCCUCAUUUAUUCAGUGGUUUGUGCUCUGGGACUUGUAGGCAACUCUCUUGCACUCUACCUACUACAUUCACGCUACCGGCAUAAGCAGUCUUCCAUCAAUUGUUUUGUGAUGGGUUUGGCUCUAACAGACCUGCAGUUUGUCCUAACCCUGCCGUUCUGGGCUGUAGACACCGCGCUGGACUUCCGCUGGCCCUUUGGCAAAGUUAUGUGCAAAAUAAUCAGCUCUGUCACCACUAUGAACAUGUACGCCAGCGUGUUUUUCCUGACUGCCAUGAGCGUGGCAAGGUACUACUCCAUUGUGUCCUCGUUGAAGAUGCACAGUCGCAGAGCAGCAGCAGCUGCGGCCAAGUGGAUCAGCCUGGGCAUUUGGGUCGUAUCCCUAAUAGCGACGCUCCCACAUGCCAUUUAUUCCACAAUCGCCCAGGUCGCAACAGACGAGGAACUAUGCUUAGUACGCUUCCCCGAAACAGGAAGCUGGGACCCGCAGUUGUUGCUAGGACUGUAUCAGUUGCAAAAAGUCCUACUUGGUUUCCUGAUCCCAUUAGUGGUGAUAACCGUAUGCUAUCUCCUACUAUUAAGAAUUGUGUUAAGUCGCCGGAUUAGUGGUGUGGCUGGCUCUGAAAGUGAGCAGGGCAGACACAAGCGUCGCUCCAAAGUGACCAAAUCUGUUGUUGUCGUCGUCCUGUCCUUCUUUUUGUGUUGGCUGCCCAAUCAGGCCCUAACUCUGUGGGGCGUCCUCAUUAAGUUUGACCUCGUGCCCUUCAGCAAGGCAUUCUACAAUGCGCAGGCAUACGCUUUCCCGCUGACUGUGUGUUUGGCCCACACAAACAGCUGCCUCAACCCGGUGCUUUACUGUUUGAUCCGUCGUGAAUUUCGUGCCGGACUUAAAGAACUCCUGCUGAGGGCCACACCGUCCUACCGAAGCCUUGCUCGGCUGCUCCCGCGCAAAGCCAAGGUGGCCGAAGCGCCUCCUGUGCUGGUUCUUGUGCAGAUGGAUGUUUGA